AUGAGGUUCUCCAGUUUCCUGCCCCUAAUCGGUGCAUUUUCGCUCUUUCAGCAAUCGGCAGCACGAUCCCAAGCAUCCGAGGCCAUUCGACAAGUGACGCCUGUCGACAAUGCUAUCAUCCGUACCCCUUCACAUCAAGUAGACCAUCUCUCGCAUUUUGAUGUUACCUUCGAUAUACACGGCGGCAAGCGGAUAAAACUAGAGCUCGAACCCAAUCACGAUAUCCUCGCCGACGAUGCGUACGUACAAUAUGUCGCCGCCGAUGGAACCUUAACACACGCCGAGCCCAUCCAGCGUCACGAGCACAAGGUGUUCCGAGGUCGCGCGUUGGAAGGAUCUGGCAAGGGGAGAUGGGCGCCCGUCGGUUGGGCAAGAAUCACCGUCAAGAGAGAUGGUCUUGAACCGCUCUUUGAAGGUGCGUUCAGCAUCAACGAGGACAAGCACCACGUUGAGUUGAUGUCAAAUUACAUUGACAAGAAGCGCCCGAUCGAUGCCGAUGUUGAGCUCAGGCACGGGGACUAUAUGCUCAUCUACCGUGACUCCGAUAUGUUCCACUACACGCACUCCGAGCUCAAGCGGUCGCUGCCUGCGAGCACGGGCUGCGGAGCCGAUCAGCUCGAUUACAAUGCUGACCUUUCCAACUCAAUUUUCCCAUACGGCGUGAGCGAGGCUGACAGCCGGUGGGGAAUGACCUCCCUGGAUUCCCUGUUUGGAUUGAGCAAGCGGCAGUCUGAUGAUGGCGGCGUUUCGGGUAACACCGGUGGUGUCAAUCUGAAAUCGACGAUUGGAGACACCACUGGCUGUCCCAAGACGAAGAAGGUCGCCUUGAUCGGAAUUGCAACGGAUUGUGAGUUCACUGACUCGUUCAAAUCCACCAAUUCGACCCCCAAGGCGGCCGCCAAGGACUGGGUUAUCAACGUGGUGAACACGGCUUCCAGUCUUUAUGAAGACGCUUUCAACGUGUCGAUAGGUCUGCGCAAUCUUUCGAUCUCCGAGCCCGGGUGCUCUAGCUCCAGCUCAUCCUCCACACCCUGGAACGUGGACUGCAGCAGUGGAAACGUGACAUGGCGUCUGAAUGAGUUUUCCAAGUGGCGUGCGAAGUACUCAGACGACAAUGCCUACUGGACCCUGAUGACGAACUGUCCCACGGACAGCGAGGUAGGUGUGUCCUGGAUGGGUCGUCUGUGCUCGUCCGACUUGGUCAGCUCAGGGGACAGCUCAGUCACCGGUGCGAACGUCGUUGUCCGCAAUUCCGGCUCUUCCUGGCAGGUGUUUGCCCACGAAACUGGGCACACAUUCGGAGCAGUCCACGAUUGCAAUGAACAGACUUGUGGACAGAAGCUGGACGACUCUUCCCAAUGCUGCCCGCUGAGCUCGACGACCUGCGACGCCGAUGCGAAAUACAUCAUGAACCCCUACGCUAGUAACUCCAUGACCAAAUUCUCAGAGUGUACUAUCGGUAACAUCUGUUCUGCAAUUGGCAAGAACAGUAUCAAGUCUUCCUGUCUCUCGGACAACAAAGGCGUGGUGACCAUUAGCGGCAGCCAGUGUGGUAACGGAAUUGUCGAGGCCGGCGAAGACUGCGACUGUGGCGGCGACGAAGGCUGUAGCGAUAACGCAUGUUGCGACGCAUCGACCUGCAAGUUCAAGUCAAGCGCUGUUUGCGAUGAUUCAAACGACAGCUGCUGCUCCAAUUGUCAGUUCGCGUCCGCCGACACUGUCUGCCGCCCCAGCACUGGUACUUGCGACAUUGCCGAAAAAUGCCCUGGCAACUCCGGUGCCUGCCCAGAAGACAAAUACGAAGACGACGGUUCGUCCUGCGGCGACAAGGGCCAGGGGCUUAGCUGUGCCAGCGGGCAAUGUACCAGUCGAAACUACCAGUGCCGCACAGUCGUAGGCUCCCUCCUCAACAGUAACGACACCUGGGCCUGUGAAAACACCCAAGACCCAUCCUGCACAUUAGUCUGUGGCGCGCCUUCCAUCGCCCAUUCGUAUGGCACGACGCCCUGCAUCCGCAUGAACCAGAACUACCUCGACGGCACCCCCUGUGACUCCGGUGGCCGCUGCAGCGCAGGCCAGUGCAAGGGUUCAUCGGCUAUGGGCUGGAUUCGCGACCACAAGAAGCUGGUGAUUGGUGUCUGUGUCGGUGGAGGCACUCUGAUCCUUCUCGCUCUGUUCUUCUGCAUCUACAGCCGCUGCAAACGCAGCGCACAGCUGCGCAAGGCCCGCAAGGCCAUUCCUCCGGGUACUUAUCGUCGCUAUAAUGGGCCCCAGCCUACGGCUCGGCCGCCCAUGCAACAGUGGCAUGGGUAUCCGAAUGCCGGAUAUCAAAAUGUGCCACCCCCGGGCCCGCCGCCACGAUACUCAUGA